AUGGCCGAAAGAACUGUACACGAAUCAAAGACACAUGUUAAAGACGAGACAAAACACAUAGAAGACGAGGUGACAAAAUUACGAGACAAUGUUGUGCCGUGUUUGGUGAUUGGUGCAAACGCAUCGUCAGGGAACGACAAAACAGCUAAAACCAUGGCUAAUGACACAGACAGAACACCUAUUGUGGAAUCACCUAUUCCCAAUCAAAAUUACAAUGUGCCGCCUUCUUUUCCACCAAACGAGCAAUAUUACGAUACGACACCUAGAGUAGCAAGUGACACAAACUACGUCAAUACAGUUAUGCCAACCGGCAUGGCCGAUGACACAGGCGAUUCACGCCAUUCAAAUUUUACUCAUAUUAGUAACCAAAAUCAGCACCCACCCCAAAGGAACCGUAGUGACGGUGGUUGGUGGAACCAUCCGUCCGCACCGCGACACAAUACGAUGCCUGUGCGCGAAAUAUAUUCAAAUGGAAACGUGUAUGACGGUAGGAACAACCGCAGAAAUUCGUGGAAUAAUAAUAAUAAUAACAAUAAUAAUUAUCACCCAUAUCAAAAUGGUAACUACAAGCAAAAUGAAAAUCACAGACAGUACAACAACAGCAAUAGGAGAUGUGAGAAUAAUCGGUACAACCCGGGCUACUUUGACAGGAACAUUCCAUAUAACAGACAUAAUUACCACCAAAACAAUAAAAAUCCCAACAAUCACCGACAGAAUAUGUGGAACACACAAAAUUCACGCAUGACAAAUCAUAACCCUCCACGGAAUCCGCCGCCGUUCCCCAGUACAGUUAUGCACUCCCCGCCACGAAGUAGCAAUAACAAUUGCAGCGCGCCAUCAGCUGACGCGUGGGCGCCAACCGGCCGAAAUGUAAACAUAGUGGAGCUGGUCAAUGAACCCGGCCAAACACAGCAGACGACGGAAAACAGUCGACGACCGAGCUAA